AUGAAAAUAUUUCAGACCAACGUUGACAAUUUUAAUUUAAAUAUAUGUGAACAGAAUGAAAAUAUAAUUUUAAAAAAAAAGGAAAUUCAAGAAAAUAUAAAUGAAACAUGUGGUCAUGUAGAAUAUAUAAAAAAUGACAUUCAGCAAAACGAAGAUCCUUGUUAUAAUGAUAAUAAUACAUGCUUUGAUGAUGAUAUAUUUUUAAGGAGCAGGAAAUCUGUUCCUUCUGCUUUCACACAUAAAAUAAGUGAUGACGAUAUGGAUAAAAAAAGAGUACCCGAACAAAAUGACGUGGAUAAUAAAAAUGAUAUUAAACGUGACAAUAAUAAUAAUUAUAGUAAUGAUAAUAAUUAUAGUAAUAAUAAUAAUAAUAAUAAUAAUAAUAAUAAUAUUGUUAAUGAUGAUAUAUCCAUGUCUCCCAAAAAGAAAAAGGCUAAAUAUAACAACACAGGUAAGGAUAAAAACGAAGAUGAUAAUAGUAAUAAUUGUAAUAAUUGUAAUAAUUGUAAUGAUGGUAAUGAUAGUUGUGAUGAUAAUUCACAUCAUAAUCCUAAUAAUGUUAAUCGCUUAAGAGAAGAAAUAAAAAAAGAAUUGUUUAACAAACUGAAUAUUAUUUUAGAUGUUAAUAUGAAUAUGAAUACCGAUGAAGAAUAUUAUAUGAAAUUUUUAAAAAAGAAAAAAUUCAGAAACUAUAUUAUGAAUACUUCCAAAUUUAUUAUCAUCCUAGGAAAGUAUUUACAACUUUCAUUUUGUACCAUAUGUAUUGCAUUAUAUUAUAUGAAUAAAUAUAAUCAGAAAAUUCUCAAAAGAAAAAAAAACUCCAUAAGUUAUCUCAUUGCAGGUGCGUGUAUUUUCCUUGCUUGGAAAUUAAGAGAAGAUUUUGAACUCUUGAAAAAAUCAAGAAAAUUAUAUGAUAUACCCAAAGUUAUUUUUAAACUGCUAAACUAUUUUUAUAAAAAAAAAAAACUCAAAAAAAAAAUACACUCUAUCGAAUUAGAUAUUAUAACAAAUUAUAAAAUUAACCAUACCUUUUAUAAUACUCAAUUAUUUAAUCACAAAACAUUUUCUUCUUUUAUGGAACAUAUGAAAAAAGAAGAUACUUACAUAGAUACAAAAAAAGAAUCGAAAAACAGAAAACAAUCCAAUGGUUCACAAAUUAAUAAUAAUCUAAAUAAUGUACAAAAAAAUAAAUCCAUAUAUAACGACCUACAAGAAUUGAAUAAUAUAAUUCAAGAAGGAUAUAUAUCUGAUAUAAAUAACAUAAAUCAUGUCAGUGAUUGUUUUAGCUCAUAUUUAUCAGAAUGUAACAGCAGUGACGUUUCGGAAUAUGACCAAAUGAAACCUGAACAGGACGAACCAAUAAAUAUACAAACUGAUGUAAAAGAUGAAAAUGGUAAAAUGGGGAGUCAGCAUUGUGAUGUAAAAAGAGAAAAUAUUAAAAUAAAACAUGAAAUGAAUGGUGAUUUACAUGAACAGAAUGGAAAAUUACAUGAACAAAAUGGUGAUUUACAUGAACAAAAUGGAAAAUUACAUGAACAAAAUGGAAAAUUACAUGAACAAAAUGGUGAUUUACAUGACCAAAGUGGUGAUUUACAUGAACAAAAUAGCUUGACAGAGAAUAUCAAAAAAUUUAAAAAAUUAUGUAAGGAGCACAAAAAGAAUAUAUACGUCUCUUCUUCGAAGUGGGUAUUAAACAAUUCCGGUCAGAAGUUACAGUUGAUGCAGAAGAUAAUAAUAUAUUACGAAGGAGAAAUAUUAAAGAGUUUUAAUUAUUACAUAAAGCCAAAAAUGUUAUUUUUUGAAUUAUUACCAUCAUAUAUAAAUAAAUUUGUGUAUACAAUGAAAGGAUAUAUUGAAUUGGAUCAGGUGGUAUAUUUAGAAAAGUUAUGUUUAUUAACGAUAUUAGAUAUAUACAAAACUCCCUUAUGUUUAAUAUUUACUCCGAAGGAAAUAUUGAUAACGUGUAUAUUAAAGGCAUAUAUAUCAUUAAAAUUACUGAGUAAUCAGUUACAUAUUCGAUCUUUGUCCUUUCAAGACUUUGAGGACAAAAUCAAUUCCUUCAUACAAUCAGUCUGUUGUGAAGACCCAAUCAACGUCUAUAGGAUAAAAACAGCAUUAAGAGAACUACGACAACUACAUUUUUAA